GUCAUUCGAGCUGGGAUUUGGUCUGUGGUACCGCCCGAGUUUCACCUGUGCGGCCUGAGUAUAGCCCAAACCAGCUGCCCGGGCUCGACUUAUACGAAAUCCUGCCAGUCAUAGAACAACAGUAUCCCGGCCGUGGCCUUUAUUAUUACUUCAUCUCCCACCACACAGAGCCGUAGCGGUUGCUGUUUCUUCUCUUCCAACAGAGAUACUAUCGGUUUACUGGUAUAAGUGUGGUUCAACGUUGACGGUUCACACCGUCUCUACCAAGCAACCUUAUCAUCGUUGGUCUAACGGCACCAAAGAAAGACCAAGAUGGCUGUCUUCUCUCUUUUCAAGAAGUCUAGGCAACAGGCCAAGGAGCACAAGCAAAAGCAGGCAGAGAAGGCCGCAGAGGCACCGAAACAGCCGUACAAGCACAUUCCUACUCAUGCCGCCAUUGACGCGCUUGCAGGAGCACCAUCAGCAUUUAAGCAUGAGGACCGACCCAGGAUCAUGGAACAGAACCGGCGGCGAAGUGCAAUGGCCGCCAGCGGCUUGAGCAGAAUGCCCGGCCCAAGUCUGCCUCGCGUCUCAAGCAGUCUCUCGCACGUCACCUAUCCUUCCGCUCACGCCAGCCCGAUGGGCAACAUGCCGAGAGCAUACAGCUACAGCGGCGGUCCGCCCCCGAUGCCUUACUGGCAGGAACGCAACACUAACUCCAUCUAUGGAGUCCCCGACGGCAGUCGCAUCUCACUCAAGGGUUCACUCAAGGGGAAGGAGGUUGAUAGGUCGUAUGCUUCGGGGCGCAACAGUCCGUCAUCCGUCAAAGCCGAAUCUCCCACGGGUAGCUCAAGCCGCUCGACCAGCUCACAGGAGGACCUGGAGAUGAAGCCCGCUCGUCAUGUUUCCAUGCCACCUACUGCCUCACAGGUACCUCGAAACCCAGCCACUGCUGUUCACACCCACCGUCUUCACCCGAGUUCUCGCCGGGCAUCGGAUGCAUCGGAGCGUGCUGAUGGCUCCCCGAAAGCCGAGCACUCCUCGCCUUCUACAGACCGAAGCAAGCCGCCGCCGUCGAUGCGCGGGUUCAAUGCAAUCCCGGCAAUGACGUCUCUUCCCCCGAUGCAGUGCAACAACUCUCCGGCAACCCAGCAAAACAUGGUUGCCUCGUCAGCCGCCUCGACUGCCAGCGUUCGCUCUUCCUCAGGAUUCUCUUCAUUCAACUUCAACAUCAACACCGGCGCCCCCUUUUCGGCGCCCAUGUCCGGAAGAUCGUCGGCUGCCACUACACCGGCAGCUUGUGUAACGCCCGAGCCAGUGUAUGAGUCCGUCGAAGAAGAGGAAGAAGGCGGUUCCUACACCUACGCCCCGCACCCUGUUGCCGCUGCGCCAUCCGCCUUGAAGCAGAAGGACCGCCGCAGCACCUCGAAGUCCAAGGUCACGCGUUUCACUGAAUUGGAGACCAUCGACUCUCACACGGAGAAAGCAGUCAGCGUAGCCAGCAUCCCCUACGAGAAUACUCGCCGCGACACCACACCGCCGCAUGUCAUCAACAACGCAGUCGCCAUCGAAAUGGUCAGCGCCGCGCCGUCUGAGGUCGUUUCCAGCACCAAGCCCGGAAAACGCCUUUCUAAGCAAGCCGGCUCUAAGCUUACUAAGAAGAGCCGUUGGUCAACAAAGAGCUCAUCCGCCGUUGCCGUUUAAACGGUACUAAGACGUCACCAUUUACACCACACAAACACAUUUUUCCUACGUCAACAUUUGCUCAUGGCUUCGGGUGCCAAAGUAUAGCCUCUUUCUAAAACUUGCGCGGGCGUUCGAGAAUAAUGUCUUACUACACUGACGCCAUGAGACUCGGGGUCUCUUGGCUUGUUACCAUGCAACACUUUGGGAUCGAAAAAAAUCGACAGGGGGCACCUUUCAGAGUUGCUGCCGCUGGACUUCAGCAACACUGGAUACUUACAGGGACUUGAACAUCUUCAGGGUCGGAUCCGGGACGGGU